CCGAGUCCUUGGUCCUGGUUCUGAAGCCUGCAAACUGCUUCUGGAGGCCCGGCGCCAGCUCUGGCCUUCUGCUCUGCCGCUGACCAUCACGCGACCACGGUGGCUUUCUUCUUCUUCAGUCAUAAAAUAAGAGCCGAGGGACCCGCUGGCCCUGGAGCAGGGGUGUUGGAAAGAGGCCUGUGACAACUGUCCCGGGCAGAGUCGAUGGUGCCUUUUUUGGGGUGAGCGGCCAGCCGACCCCCAGGUACCCGUGUCCCUGUGACAGACGGUCAAGGCCCAGGCCACUCAGACCGACUCCGCAUUAUGGAGCCUCAGGGCGAGAAGCCGGUGGAGGCCGACGGGGUGAGCAUCACGCCCCAGCUGCUCAAGUCGCACUCGGGCGAGUUCGCGCUGGAGUCCAUCUUGCUGCUGAAGCUGCGGGGCUUGGGGCUGGUGGAGCUGGGCUGCCUGGGGGAGUGCCUGGGCCUCGAGUGGCUGGACCUGUCAGGCAACGCGCUCACCCAGCUGGGCCCGCUGGCCUCCCUGCGCCAGCUGGCUGUGCUCAAUGUCGCCAACAAUCGGCUGACGGGGCUGGAGCCGCUGGCCGCCUGUGAGAACCUGCAGAGUCUCAAUGCCGCGGGCAACCUGCUGGCCACCCCUGGCCAGCUGCAGUGCCUGGCCGGGCUGCGGGGCCUGGAGUACCUGCGGCUCCGGGACCCUUUGGCCCGGCUCAGCAACCCGCUCUGUGCCAGCCCCUCCUACUGGGCGGCAGUCCGAGAGCUGCUGCCCGGCCUGAAGGUCGUUGACGGUGAGCGUGUGACUGGGCGCGGCAGUGAGUUCUACCAGCUGUGCCGGGACCUGGACAGCUCCUCGCGGCCCAGCUCCAGCCCGGACCCCGGCGCCGCUGAGGCCCAGCCCUGGGUGGGGCCCGGGUACUGGGAGCUCUGGCCCACCCGGAGCAGCUCCAUCGUGGAGGAGGCCUGCCGGCAGUUCCAGCACACUCUGCAGGAGUGCCACGACCUGGACCAACAGGCCGGCGACAGCCUGGCUCAAGCCCAGCAGACGCUCGGCCCUGCGGGCUCCACCUCAUCCUUCAUCUUCUGAAGAUGCCUCUUGGCCUGGGACAGCCUGGCCUGAGGACGUAGGGUCAGCACAGCGUGGCCUCGCUGCCCACUCCUCCCUCCUGCCUCUGCACGUGUCUCUGGGGUUCACCCUGGUCACUGCCCCGCAGACUGGGCCGGUCACUCAUCCCUGUGCCCGAGAGCAGCGCCCCUCCCUCCCAGUCUACCGCAAGGAACAUUCUGUACCUUCGCUCAACAUUCUUCGGGAAGCACCUCCCCAGGGGCCUCUAGCAGAUGUAAGGGCCCUCCGUGAGCAGCUGGCACCUGUCCUGUCACCUGUGCUGCGUGCCUGGGGAGGAGGCCCGGCCCCACGUCCACAGCUGCUGCCACUCCUGGCUGCUCUGGCCUGAGACUUAGUGAAAGGAAGCUGCUGCUUCCCAAGGUCAAAGGUAGAGGUCAGGGAUGGCAUGUGUCCCAUCCCAGGGGUCCUGGAAGAGGGCGUGGGCAGAGCAUAAAGCAUGGGAGCUGCAUUCACGCACCUGCCAAACCCACCUGUCCGGGUGACACUCAGCCGUGGCCCCCCUGGUCCUGUCUCCCUGGAGCCUUUGCUGCCCAUCUCACCCAUGCUGAUCCCUAUUAAACGUCUCUGUUCUAAUGUG